GGGAUAUUAUACGUUUCAUUUAAUUGGUCUAAAUUCUGACAUGAGUCAGCCAUUAUUAUUAUUUUUCAUUCUAUUACGAUCUUAACAAAAAUAAACAUUUUCGUGAAUUUUCUUCGAAGUUAUAGAUUAAUUUAGCCAAAUACAGAUGAAGUAUGUCUGCGAAAAACGAGGAAGCACAGAACAUUCUACCACAAUCAUUGGGCAAACUGGAAAUUGUUCCACCGAUUACAAAGGACCAGGAACAUCAUGCACCGCCAGUGAAUUUAAAUCCAUUUUUACGCAACAAUCCGGAACAAGAAAUCAGUUCAAGUGAACGGGAAAGAUUGUUUGGUCCGUCGUGUAACUGUACACAAACAAACCGAACCGCAGCUACCACAAACAAAGAACUCACCAUAAAGAAGUGUACACAAUUCAAGCCGAGAAAACGGCACGAAUUUAUACUGAAACAGCCGAUGCUGAAAACGUUUGUGAGAUGCCUGCAUCACUGCCACAAGGAGAGGAAAAAUAUUUUGUCUGGAAACGAAAGUCAUUCGAUGGAAAAGCAUACCAGUGUAACGGAACCGUCAAUGGACGGGGCCAAAUGUAAUUGGAGCCUGAGAAACGAGUUUGAUGUUGAUUUCAAAUCGUUAAAUCUGUCUGAGAAUGAACCGUGUACAUCGUCGUGUGAUCUGCAUAAAUCCUAUAGUUUUAGAUACGCUCAAAGCGAACGAAAAUUGCGGUCGAUGAACGAAGAAACAACGCCCGCAACUACGUCAAAUGAUCGAACAAAUCAGCAAAAUAUUAGCUGCUCACAACAGGCUGUACAGGCGAUAUGGAGUCCAUCAACCAAUGGUGAUGUUACUACCGAUGAAUUAGCAUGCUAUUUUGAAACUAUCGUUCACAUACCUAAGAAAAUGUCCACAAUGGCAGAAAUGAUGUAUAUUUGAGUGUGAAUGUGUUCGAUCUUAAUUGUAAUUUUUGGAUAGAUAAAUUGUAUGGUAUUUUCCUUCAAAGUAAGAUGGUUCCUCGUCACCUACGAGAUAUAAAUAAAAUAAUUUUUUUGUGUUUAUUAGA